GGGAAACAGCUCUACAUGUGGCAGCUGCUUUGAGCCAUAAGAGGACAGUUCAACUUUUAUUGGAUUCUGGGGCAGAUGGAAAAAUCCGAAACAAUGCAGGUCUAUUGGCAUCGGACAUAGCCAGAAAAAAUAACCACCGGCAUGUCGUACUUCUGCUGGCCAAGGAUCCUCAGCGGGAAAGCCCUUCGUUGGUGGCGGAAACGCACAUGAGUGACCCAAUGGAGAGCAAGGAAAACAAGAUGGAUCAGGAGGGGCCUCUGCAAAACCACUUGACACCCACUGUCCUCAGCAAGCCCGUGAGACCCCACAGAUGGAAAAGAGGCAAAGGCCAGGAAUUUCACUUAAAAAGGGAUCCAAUCGCCAGAGACAAUUCACGGAUCUCCUAUGGAAAUUGUUUCCACCUUUAUACUUUGUACCGUGACACAGAUGGAAACGUUCGACAGGCACCAGCAAACGGCUGCCAUUGCAGGCCCAAGAUUAAAAAACUAGAAGAGAAACUGAAGGGCACACAAGAGGAGCUGAGACUGCACAUCCUGAACAUGCACGAACAGGUUGAUAGCAGGCUGCGCAAGAUGGACCGCAAGAGCAAACAUCAGGUCUGCUUGUACGACUAAAUACAUACAAAUAGCUCAUACAUGUUGUGACACUGUAUAUGUUACGUUAGGAAAUCACUGUUGUACCAUUCAAGCAGGAUGUAUACUUAGAACUGGGUUUUUUCAGUCUGAGUGAAGAAGCUUU